GACGAAAUUAAAGUUUUGGAACACUUAUCAUAAUGAGUCAUGAAUUGGCGUUUUUUUAAUUUCCUUCCAGUAGUAUAAAAUAGCAGCACUCGAACAAGCAAGCCCCAAAAACAACCCCGCAAAGCAAGACAUUUCAACUACAGUUACUUUAAAAGACAUGGCAGACGCAACCGCUUCUCUCGCUGUCCCCGGCCAACAACCCCACGGUCCUGCCCCUGGUGCCAAAAACAUCUUGUUCGCGCUCGACGAGUCUGAGCACUCUGUCGCAGCCCUCAACUGGGUCUUUGACUACGUUCUCCGUGACGGCGAUAAGCUUACGGUGGCCGUAGUUGUGGACAAGGAAGACGUCACGGCUGUCACAUCCCGUGUCAAAACAUUGCUGAGAAGUGUAUGGCAGAGCAACAAUGUCAACUGCACCAUGGGUGUUCGUGUGCUCGUCGGUGCACCAAACAAGGCAGGAGAGUUGAUUUGCAAGUUGGUGGAGGAAUUGGAGGUGAAGCCUGCAAUGUUGGUUUUGGGCUCUGCCGGCAAGAGCCACGUGCAAGGGUUCUUAGUUGGUAGUGUCAGCCACUACUGCGUAGAACACGCAACCAUUCCAGUCAUUGUCGCGAGAUGCGUCGAUGAGCGUGGACGAAACUCGUCAAAGGGGAAUACUGGAAGCAGACGUCGGUCCAUAUCCCCCUUCUUUGCAUAGAGUGUUGUGCAAUGGCCAAGUAGACAUGCGCAUUUGUAUCAUGUAUCUAGAAACUGCUGUUUUGGUAGUGACUUUAAGCAUCUUUUAUAACAUGUGGACAUGCGAUCUUGAAGAUAUUCAUCUGUCCCAGUAUUAUUUCAAAGAUGGAUGACAAGAGCAUCAUUUGAUACAUUUAAAAAACUGCACCAAAGUCAUUUAAAACAUUUACAUUUAUUAUACAAAUAAUGGGUAUCCUGCAAGUUCAUUUACACAAUUCACGCC